GUAACUUCAAAAUAGAAGUAGUGCCAAAAAGAAGUUAGGAAGAAAUGGGUGAAUUUACUACUAUUUGCCAUCCUGCCCAAAUCCCACCGCCGUCGCCGGUGACCACCGCUCGCCGCCUCGCCGGCGGAUGACAACCCCUGGACCCGGCCUCCUUCCUGUGCCGGUCGAGCUGGAGAGGUCACUGGACGUGCUCGCCCGCUCCCGCCGAGAUCAUCUGGGCCGACCGCGAUGAGAGCCCUCAUCCCGGACUCCGACCUCCGGGAGAGGAGAUCGACCUCUAUUCCUUUCAGGGUCUAUUGAAGAAUGCGGCCAACUUCAGCAUUGGCGGGCACUACCCAUUGCAUCAGCUCUGGGACACCGCGUCGCAACUGCUGGGAGAUCGAAGAUCCUGGGCAAGUCGGUGCUUGUUGUUGUUGCACACAAUGCAGUGAGCCAGGCUCUUGUUGCCACUUCGUUGGGUUGGUGGACUUGGUAUACAAGGUAUUUUCGGAUUCUUCUCUAGAGUAAUUGUGCAGGGGUGUAAGUGGCUAACCCGCGAAACCCACUUAUAGGCUAAAAUAAGCCGUGAAACCGCUUAUUUUGACCUAUAAGUAGGUUCAAAUAAGCGGUUCGCGGCUGACCCACUUACACCCCUAUAAUUGUGGGGCUAGUGUGCUGGAUUUCACCCCAGACUGGUUGGAGGGCCUUCAAUUAGUAGUACCAUUGUUUUAUUAUCUGUUUAUUACCUGCUUUAUCUAACCAUAAAUUGCAGGUCCAAGGGGCUGCAGAUUGCUUAUUGUCUGCCUUGUUAUGUGGAAAUGAAGAUAUUGCUAAAACUUGAAAUUGACUAUGCCUUUCAAACAAAGAAUUUGUUAGACUAUUUGUCCAUUUCCUCUUUCUGACUUAUGUUAAGAAUCGCAGCAGCGUUAACAUCCUGUGUAUGCUUUAAAAAUUCUCAUUUGCAUUAUGGAGAUAUUGGACCCUGCCAAUUGCAAGUUUAGAGGUCAAAUUUAUUCUAGAUGCUCAGCAGUCACCAAAUGAUUUUGCUAGUGUUUCCUCACCUGAUAGGGCCUACUAAUAACUACCUGGUCUGGUUACAUGGAAGUUUUAAUAGCUCUGUAUGUUUUCGGAUUAACAAUCACUUGCUUGCUUCUCUUCUGCAGAGCUUUGGAGAAAUAGCUGUCUGGUUGGGUGGGCAGUAUGGAAUACAUGACUCUUGGUGGGACUGUGGGCGAAGUCAAACUGUCAAAGGAUGCAGACCAAGCCUUGCUAAAUGAGUUGCCAGAUGAUAAUUGAAUAGAAAGAACUCUAGUGGUUGUAGGACAUCCGGGUAUUUAGGCCUGGUUUAGUUCCAAACUUUUUCUUCAAACUUCUAACUUUUCCAUCACAUCAAAACUUUCUCACACACACAAACUUUCAACUUUUCCAUCACAUCGUUUCAAUUUCAACCAAACUUCCAAUUUUUUAUCUAGACGAUGGCAGCAUCAUCGUGAUGCCGUCAUUGAUUUGCAUGAAGGCCCAAAAGGAAGAGGUGUUGUCCGAUGCACAAACUACCUAUUACCAGGACAGCAGAAACUGAUGAAGAAUUCUAACUUCCUCGAAGCAUGAGGGUAAUUGGAUAUCCCCAGCAGUUGAAGAUGGUGACAAGUGGGAGUGAUGGGCCGAGCUGGGAUGGUGACGAGGAUUGAUUCCCAUCGGUGAUCCGCAUGGAGGAAGAGGAAGAUGACAAGGUCACUUUCAUGCACGGAGACUGUGCCACGUGUCCUCCUCCUGCCACGCGUACCUCCUCUUCACUCUCCAGCAGCUCAGCUAGUCAGCUCUACAGCGAAACGGUGAACCUUCGACCGAGUCUGCUCCAUUCCCUAUCGUCCACAGCCUCUGAUGAAUUCAACAUCCAAAUACCAUCGCGACUACCCCUUCUUGCCGGCCGCGGCCUCCAGCUCCGACGGCGACGGCGACGGCGAUGGCUUCUACAUCGGCGAGCCAAGAAACCCAGCCGCCGGAGCUGACUCCACCGAUGUCUUCCUGUUCCUCGCCGUUCCGGCAGGGUGGCUCGUCAGGCUGGCCGCCUUCGUCGGCGAGCUCGUCGCCUCUGCCAUCCUCGGCCUCGUCUACCCCGUCGCCGCUCUCAUCGGCUGGCUGCGCGCCGUGCCAGCGGCCGUCGCUUCUCUCCUCCGGCGCGCCGCCACUGGCCUGCUCGCCGCGGCGUGCACGUUUGCGGUGCUCGCCGCCGCGUUCGUCGUGUCCCUCGUGCUCGGCUUCGCUCUCGUCCGGCACUGGGUCGCGGAGCCGGUGACCGCGCGCCAUCCUCUGUAUUUCGACUACACCGAGGCGCAGCCGAGCGCCGCCGUGGCGCUUGGCGGCGGAGCAGCGGCGGCGGUGCCGGCCGGCCACGCCGUGAGGGUGUCCAUGGCGUUGCUGCUGCCUGAUUCCUACCACAACCGCCACAUCGGCGUGUUCCAGAUUAAAUCGGAGGCGAUCUCCGCGAGUGGGAUCACCAUUGCAUCAACCACACAGCCAUAUCUGAUCAAAUACAAGAGCUCUCCAGUUCGGCUGAUACAAACCGCGCUUCUCUGCGUGCCACUCACCAUGGGCAUUCGCAGUGAGAGCCAGGAUGCCAACCUCAAGCUGCUUCACUACAGGGAAGGCCAUGGCCGGCACAAGAGAACUGUGCUCAUCAGAGUGAUGCUGCAGCCAAGAGCUAUGACUGUGCAUUUGCCUCAAGUGUACCAAGCAGAGAUCGUUGUGCAGACGACGCUUCCAUGGACGAAAGAGCUGGUUCGCGCAUUGAAAUGGACAUUAUGUGUGUGGGUGUCUCUCUGUGUCUACGUUUUCAUCCUUGUUCUUGCCAUGAUCUGUUGGAGCCGGUCACCAUCGGCGUUUUCUUCGAGGGACAGGAGAUUGUAUGAUCAUCAGGUCAUUGAGAAUUCUGGUAUGGACAUGGGAGAUUCAGGUGAGAGAUCAGACAAGGAAUUGUAUGGAGGUGUUGGAGUUAAGUGGAAGCAGAGGAUAAGAAAGAGGAAAGCACAACAUGGAACUCUACAAGGAGACAGGAUGGAGCUGAAGUUCACUGAGGGUUCAACUUCUGGUGUGGCAAUGGAUGGAGAGUAGGGGUUGUGCUCAACUUUGUGUCUGAAUUCAAUUAAAUCGUUCAAAAGCAGUUUAAUAUGAAGCUUGUGUUGACUUAUAAUCACGGUUUGGUGCACUCAAGGUUGUUUAUUAGACCCAAACGGCUUCGUACAAUACAAAGUGAUGAUACCAAUUAAUGAUACUGAAAAUGUAUACAUUGCAAUCUAGUAGAUGUUUCAACCUAA